GGCGGUUAGCAGAGGUGGACGCUCCCCGCUAUACCGUCAUAGCUUCGGCGUUAAGCAGCUCGGCUCGCACACACCGCGACACCCCGGCGAGAAGUGUGGGUCAAAAUGUCGGCGAGUGCGGUGUAUGUGCUGGACCUCAAAGGCAAGGUACUAAUUUGUCGUAACUACCGGGGAGAUGUGGACAUGUCCGAGAUCGAACACUUCAUGCCCAUCCUGAUGGACAAGGAGGAGGAGGGCAACCUGUCUCCCAUCCUGGCCCAUGGAGGAGUGCGCUUCAUGUGGAUCAAACACAACAACCUCUACCUUGUUGCAACAUCUAAGAAGAAUGCCUGCGUCUCCCUAGUCUUCUCUUUCCUCUAUAAAAUCAUCCAGGUGUUCUCUGAGUACUUUAAAGAGCUGGAAGAGGAGAGUAUCAGAGAUAACUUUGUCAUCAUCUACGAGCUGAUGGAUGAGCUGAUGGAUUUUGGUUACCCUCAAACCACUGACAGCAAGAUCCUGCAGGAAUACAUCACUCAGGAGGGUCACAAGCUAGACACAGGUGCUCCCCGCCCUCCUGCCACUGUCACAAAUGCCGUCUCUUGGCGGUCUGAGGGUAUCAAAUACAGGAAGAAUGAAGUAUUCCUUGAUGUCAUUGAGUCCGUCAACCUACUGGUGAGUGCCAAUGGCAAUGUUCUGCGCAGUGAGAUCGUGGGCUCCAUCAAGAUGCGUGUGUUCCUGUCCGGCAUGCCAGAGCUGAGGUUGGGACUAAACGACAAGGUUCUGUUUGAAAACACCGGACGUGGGAAGAGUAAGUCAGUGGAACUGGAAGAUGUCAAGUUCCACCAGUGCGUCCGGCUGUCACGUUUUGAAAACGACCGCACAAUCUCCUUCAUCCCGCCCGACGGGGAGUUUGAACUCAUGUCCUACCGUCUCAACACACAUGUGAAGCCACUGAUCUGGAUUGAGUCAGUGAUAGAGAAACACUCACACAGUAGAAUCGAGUACAUGAUUAAGGCCAAAAGUCAGUUUAAGAGGAGGUCGACAGCCAACAACGUAGAGAUACACAUCCCUGUCCCCACUGAUGCAGACUCACCUAAAUUUAAGACCACUGUGGGCAGCGUCAAGUGGAUCCCGGAGAACAGUGAAAUAGUCUGGUCCAUCAAGUCCUUCCCGGGUGGUAAGGAGUACCUCAUGAGAGCCCACUUUGGCCUACCUAGUGUAGAAGCAGAGGACAAGGAAGGCAAGCCUCCCAUCAGUGUCAAGUUUGAGAUUCCCUACUUCACUACCUCUGGUAUCCAGGUGCGUUACCUGAAGAUCAUUGAAAAGAGUGGCUACCAGGCUCUGCCGUGGGUUAGAUAUAUCACACAGAAUGGAGACUAUCAGCUGAGAACCCAGUAG